GAGGGAGUGUGAGAGGGGCAACUGGAGUGGCGUGGGCUCGUGAACCUGAAGCAGAAAUGUUCUGCUGAUCUUUUCCAAAGAGAAUUCUAGGCUAACGCAGAAUAGGAGUGAUGGAGCGAAUUCUCGAGAGGGAGAGGCGCCAGAUGGAGCAAAUUCUGGAGCUCGAUGCCGAGGAUUUACAGAUCGAAGAAGUUGAAGGCCUGAACGAAUCAUCCGACGACGAUCGCGACGCAACUGGUGCUCCAUCAACUGAGGAAUUUACUUUCAAUACUUGUUUGGCUUCUCUGCAUUCGUAUCUUGGUGAGGUUGAUGAUACACACCAUAGAUUGGCUUUCUUAGAUGGUGGUGCCAUUUUGAACCUCCCGUUGUUCUAUCUUGAAGGUGUGGUUUUGUUCCCAGAGGCUACUCUGCCUCUAAGAGUUAUUCAAUCAAAUUUUAUAGCUGCUGUUGAGAGAGCGUUGAACAGUGUUGAUGCUCCUUGCACCAUUGGUGUGGUCCAUGUUUCUAUGGAACCAGAUGUCAGAUCAAGGAUUGCAACAACAGGGACUACUGCUGAGAUUCGUCAACAUCGUCGGUUAGAGGAUGGUUCAAUAAAUGUGGUUACUCGUGGCCAACAGCGAUUUCAUCUAAGACGGCGUUGGAUUGAUGAGGAAGGAGCACCAUGUGGGGAGGUUCAAAUUAUUCAGGAAGAUUUGCCAUUAAGAACCCCUCGAGAUGCAUUUGGAAACCUGGGGCCAUUAAGUAACUUGCAAAGCCAUCGGAUGCUAUCUUCAAAUGCUUCAUCACAUGGAUGUGGAGAUGAGGCAAAUGAUUCUGAAUCAAUUUCAGAGGAAAGUUUUGAGCAUGAGCUUUCACCAACAGAAAGGAGAAUUCACCGAUCUGCAAUAGGUUCCUUGUAUGAAGAUGCUAGGUCGGAUGAAUCAACAAGUAGUGAUGAGGGCUAUUUCUGCCGUGAGUCAGAUAGUCAAUCCUGGAGAUCAUAUGUUAAUGACUCUUGCUCCAUAGGGUCAUCAAAAACAAACAAUAAAAAGCAGAUCAGAAAUGCGGACUUGGGAAUUGGGAACAAAUCUAUAGUUCACAAAGGGCUAGGGCAAAGAAGAUCUCAGCGAGGCAGUGACUUGACUCAGAUGCGCUUAGUGCCUAGAGCUUACUGGCCCAAUUGGGUGUAUCGUAUGUUUGACUCAUAUUGUCUUGCUCAGAGGGCAGCAGAUAUGUGGAAGCAGAUAGUUGGGUCACCAAGCAUGGAUGCUUUUGUAAGGAAACCUGAUCUUUUGUCUUUUCAUAUUGCCAGUAAAAUUCCUGUUUCUGGAUCUAAAAGACAGGAGCUUCUGGAAAUAGAUGGCAUUUCAUAUAGAUUACGCCGUGAAAUUGAACUGCUAGAAAGUUGUGAUCGUAUACGAUGCAGGACCUGUCAGACUGUAAUUGCUCAGCGGAGUGAUAUGUUAGUGAUGUCUAGUGAUGGUCCUCUCGCUGCCUAUGUGAACCCAGAUGGCUAUGUUCACGAGAUAAUGACUCUUAAUAAAGCAAAUGGCUUGGCAAUUAGAACCCGACCUUAUACAGAAUACAGCUGGUUUCCUGGGUAUGCAUGGUCAAUCAUUAAUUGUGCCAAUUGUGAAACCCAAAUGGGGUGGCUUUUCACAGCUACCAACAAGAACUUGAAGCCUAGAUCAUUUUGGGGGAUUCGGAGUUCACUAGUUGCAGAUGACACAAACGGAAUCAAAUGAGCUUUUAUACCAUAUAUACAUCCGGAUGACUUACCGGUGUACGGAUGCCGCUUCUGUAUAUAUGACCACCCAACUUAUUGCACCUUUGUCUUAAAGCAUAAAAGUUUGUUAAUGUAGCUUAGACAAGUGAAUCGUGCUUAUAUUGCAGUGAGGGCAUAUUUUAAUCGUAGCAUAUGGCUGCAUCCUUAUUUAUUU